CAGGCCGGGUGGCCGGGGCCUGCCUGGGGUCACUGUGUCCUCCCCCACCUAGGUCUGGCGCAGACUCCGUGGCUUCUUACACCACGUGUUUCGUGUUAUUUGUGAGAAAGACCCCAUAACUACGCAGCUUCUCUUCCUGCAUGCUGCCUCUCCAUCCCUGGAGGAGCCAGGCUCCCCACCAGCCUCUCACCUGUCCCCGAUCCACAGAAGCUUCUAAGUUAUGCUCACCUGGGAAGCAGACCCAGCCCCCGAAGCAGAGCGCCCCCGCAGUCCGCCUUCGGUGCACCAUGGACCCUGUGAAAAUGGCUGUGUCCCCCUCCCCCACUCGCCGCCGUCGCCGUCGAGGCUCUUCAGCACGCCGCGCCCACCGCCCUAUAGCCUGGGCCACUGACACUGACAGCGACGACGAGAAGCCCCCGCGUCAGCAGACAACAAUCUGCUCCCACAACUGGGAUUGCCCCAGGGACUGGGAAGGCCUUCAGUCCACCCAGGGGUUCUGGACUCCCUGGGCCCAGGAUGCUGUGGAGCCGCCUACCCAGACCAUCCGCUUCCAGCAAACUGUAGAGGGAAGGCCGCUCAAAAGAGAGAUGCAGUCAGAGCUGGACCUAGAGGCCUACGUGUACCCUGUGAACCCCCCGCCCCACAGCCCUCAGGCCCUGAGCCACAAGAACAGUGGAGGGGGGCCCCAGGCAGAACAGGAGCAGUGCUCGCCAGCCCAGCCACCCAUCCUGGGCCCGGCCCACGUCCCAGACAUCCCCCGGCGCCACUCCUCAGGGCGCGUAGCCUAUAAUGCCAGAGACGUGAGGCGGCGGCUGCGGGAGCUGACCAGGGAGUUGGAGGCCCUGUCCCACUGUUACCCCCCGGUCUCUGGAUCCAGCACGGCUGAGGGGACGGGAAAGGCCUGGGUAUACCGUUCCCUGACAGAGAGGUGACUGGGAGAAGAAUAAAAAGAAGAGAGGAGGUGGUUUGUGGUGGUGUGGGGGGUGCCAGGGCCCACACAGCACCCAGAAGCCUGGUUGCUAAGGAAAUGAUCUCCCUGGCAACAGGGCCUAGAGAGCCCUGAGGACCCUCAUCAACCUCUUGGCCUCACCAGGCCCUGUCCUCAGCCCUUUCCCAGGCCCUUCUUGGUUCCAAGGCUCCCACCUGCCUCUACUCUGUUCUUUAGUGCCCAGGGAAGCCCCCCAAAUCCCAUUCCAGAUCCCCAGGCAGUACUGCACUUGAGUGGAGACCCUCAUCCCCAUGGCCUCAGUCUCUCAGAGGUCCGGCUCCUACCAGAGCCCAGGUUUAGGCUGCAACUACAGGUGAGGUGUGGUCCCUCUGAAGCCCUGGUUUCUUUGGGGAGGGAUGGCUGAGAGUGAGGGUACCCAGGCCCUCACAGUUCCCCAGUCAGAACCCGAAGCUCCUGUACACUCAAGAAGGCUUGGAGCGGAGGAUAAAAUAUUGAGGACACUCGCAAGGGCUGCCUCCACACAGCCCUCUGUGACCUCACUCCUCUGAUUAGCACUUCCAUGUCACAAGUGAGGAGACUGAGGCUCAGAGACGCCAAGUGACUUAUUCAUGGUCACACGGACACCAAGGAUCAACUUCAUGGCCUCAGACACUCCGUCCCCCUGCUCCCACAGGUAGAUUCCCAUUGCUACUGAGUCAGCCUGGCCCAUCAGUCUCUUCCCACCUUCCUCAGUUUCCCAUGUAAACUCAUCAGAAUAUUGCAUCCACUGGACAGCAGGGAAACCCAGGCCCUACCUACUUCUAGACGGUUGGGAUCACACACACGCACACAACUUGGGAACAAGGAGCCAGGUCGAAGGGACUAGACCUCACCUUCCAUACCAGAUGGGUUCCUGGAAUGUGAACAGAUAGGCCUUUUAUGAAUCACCCUGCUUCUCUGUUCAUUUUCAUUUGACUAACGUUAUUGAUCAUUUUAAGCUGAUUCCAUUAAGUGGGUCUAUAUUGAGCACCUGCUAUGUGUUUGGAGUCUUGAUGGAAAAUGCCCACUGGCUGUUUCUAUUUCUUUCUUUCUUUUUUUUCUUUUUGGCCAUGCAGUGUGGUUUGCAGGAUCUUAGUUCGCCAA